AAAAUCUAAAUCAAAAGAAGCAUCAAGGAUAAUAAUGCUAAGUAUUUAAAAGGAAGUUUUAUUUGGAGUAAAAAGCUAGUGCUUCAAUGAAAGAGAUCAUUGUUUAACCUAGUUUCUUGUGGAGUUAAAGACAGUGGGAUCAAUAUAUAUUGCUCGUGCAUUGCGAAAUCUAGCACUCGUGCAUUCAAAGGCUGACAUUCUUUAUGUCAACGAGAACCACGUUCAGGCUACAUGACGGUAAAGUAAAUGGAGAAUGAUAAGAGCCCGAACAUAACGUUACGUUUUCAACAGUUAUUUCUGAGGUUUGCAAAAUCGAUGACUUGUAAGAGUAUUCCCAGAAAAAAUCGAACUAAUUUCGUUCGGUUCAUAGCUGAGAAAGCUGCUAGUAAACCUUGUAAGACUUUAAUGUUUUUUACUCUAUUUUUGAUUUUCAUCAUAAGCAGCUGGUUUAUACAUUGGCAUACUUUACAUAUUUACCAGUCGAAUGAAUUGAAAAAUAAGAGAUUGGUAGAAAGUAGCAUACGUAUUUGGGGAAAAGUUGGCAACAAUAAUAAUCAAGCGAAAGAAGAUAAAAUAUUAAUUGGUGUUAAUAAUGAAAAGCUCUAUAAAGAUGGCAAUAACAUAGAGGAGGAGGAAAGACCAAUUCAAAGGACAAGUUGCAAGCGGCACAAUGUUGUUGUUUUCAUCAAAACACACAAGACCGGAGGCAGCACAAUUACAAACAUUCUCAAUCGCUUCGCAGAUACGUACGAUUUGAAAGUGGCGCUACCAAUGUUUGGUUUGUACCGAUUUCGUUGGCCUUUGCCAUUUCAUUGGUCUGCAGUUGAUUUGGGGGGACUGGAGGGCGAUACACCGAAUGUGCUGUGCAACCACGCCCGUUAUAACCGUGCGACCAUGCAAUUGAUCAUGAAGAAGGGGGCUAAAUACAUUACAAUUUUACGUGAUUCCGUUUAUCAAUAUGAGUCAAUGUUUAGUUACAUGGAAUUUGGAAAUUACUUAUCUUUGAAUCCCUCUAAGGCGAUUUCCUUGCCUGGUUUUGUCGAAAAUCCUGUGCCAAAAUUGUACCAAAUGCGAGAAAAGUAUCGUGGCAUUCCAGAACCUAUGAAUUUGGUAAAGAAUCCCAUGUUUUUUGAUCUGGGUUUAUAUCCACCGGCAUAUGACAAUAUGAGUCGAGUACGAGACGAAAUAAAAAGGAUGGAUCGCGAUUUCGAACUAGUUCUCAUAAUGGAAUAUUUCGAUGAAAGUCUGAUCCUAUUAAAGAACGCGUUGUGUUGGACGUUGCAGGAUAUUCUUUACGUAAAAUUCAACCAAAGACAAAGUAAACCGAAAACGGAAAUGCUUGAAAAAACGAAGAAAGAUAUACGGAAUUGGAACAAGGCAGAUGUUAUGCUUUAUGACUAUUUUAACAAAACGUUGUGGAGGAAAAUUCGAGAAAGUGGUCCAAUGUUUUGGAAGGACUUGAAAAAAUUCCGUGAAAUGAAUUUAGCUAUGCAAUCAUCUUGUGUCGCAACAACACAAUACUCCACAAAAGCGUUCAAAAAUAACGGAAAUAUACUCUCUUACCGUCUCAGGCAGAAUGUUUCAGAUAUAGACAGAUACCUUUGUAUGAAGAUCAUAAGAAAUGAAAUUGACUACGUGGAGUACUUUCGAACAAAGUUUAAACCGAAUGGGUUUUAUCAAAAGGAACUGAGGAGAACAGGCAAGAAAAAAACGUCCACAAGGGAACUUAUUGAACGAUUACAAACGGAAGCAAAAAUUAAGUUUGCAGUUCCUCGCGCAGUAAUGUAGAUGAGCAUAACUUUCUUGCGACAAGAUCUCUGUAGACAGGUUGUGCUGUAAUUUGUGUACGUAAAAAACCCUUUUUUUUUCAUCAUUUUUUGCUUUUGUAUAUACCAUUGACUUACCUAUCAAUCGUUAGCAUGCAGAAACCCAACUGAUCUAUUGUUUCUAGAGGCACAGUUUCACCCCCUCGUCACGUGAUACAUCAAUACUGAUAAAUAAGAAUAAAAGAAAUAGUUUGAAUAUCCAACAAUAAAAAUGACAAACACACUAUA